AUGCGCUUCAGCUAUAGAGCAGCGGCGGCUCUGCUCGCAACUGCGCUUGCGUCAGAUGUUCACGAUUUAAAAACAGAUACCUUCAAGGACUUUGUUUCGACGAAUAGCCUAGCGUUGAUCGAGUUCUUCGCACCAUGGUGCGGUCACUGCAAAGCUCUAGCCCCAGAGUAUGAGGAGGCUGCUACACAACUGAAGGAGAAAAAUGUGGCCUUGGCCAAGGUGGACUGCACAGUCGAAGCAGACCUAUGCAGAGAAUACGGUGUUGAGGGCUACCCAACCGUCAAGGUGUUCCGUGGUCCAGACAACAUUAAACCAUAUCAGGGCGCCAGAAAAGCCCCUGCUAUCGUUUCCUAUAUGACGAAGCAACAAUUACCAGCUGUCUCUAUCCUUACAAAAGAUACCCUCGAAGAAUUCAAGACAACUGACAAGGUCGUCCUUGUUGCCUACUUCGCAUUAGACGAUAAGACCUCGAACCAGACAUACUCAGCCCUUGCCGAGAGCCUACGAGACGAGUACAUCUUCGGUGCAACCAGUGAUCCUGAGCUUGCAUCAGCUGAAGGUGCCAAGCAGCCUGCGGUUGUUCUAUACAAGGACUUCGACGAAGGCAAGGAUGUUCACCUAGGAGAAUUCACAGAAGAGGCCAUCGCAUCGUUCGCCAAGGUUGCAUCCACUCCUUUGGUUGGAGAAGUUGGUCCAGAGACCUACCAGGGCUAUAUGGCAGCUGGAAUUCCUCUGGCCUAUAUCUUCAGCGAGACUGCGGAGGAGCGAGCUGAGCUUGCAAAGAUAUUGAAACCAGUUGCAGAAAAGUACAAGGGCAAGAUCAACUUUGCUACCAUCGACGCAAAGGCGUUCGGUGCUCAUGCUGGUAACCUCAACCUCCCAACCGACAAGUGGCCAUCUUUCGCCCUUCAGGACACCGUGACCGAUCAGAAGUAUCCAUUUGAUGGUCACAAACUCACAGAGAAGAAGAUUGGUGCCUUCGUCAAGGAAUACGUCGAUGGCAAGCUCAAGCCGUCUGUUAAGUCUGAGCCCGUACCCGACAAGAAUGAUGGUCCAGUCACCGUUCUGGUCGCCACUACGUUUAAAGAGCUUGUUGUCGAGUCCUCCGGCAAGGACGUGCUUGUAGAGUUCUACGCUCCUUGGUGCGGACACUGCAAGGCUCUUGCUCCUACAUAUGACCAGUUGGGAGAGCUAUAUCAGUCUCAUGGUUUCGGCGACAAGGUCGUCAUUGCCAAGGUUGAUGCUACCACCAACGACGUUCCAGAGAAAAUCCAGGGCUUCCCUACCAUCAAAUUGUAUCCAGCCGCCGCCAAGAACCAGCCAGUCGAUUACUCUGGCUCACGAACAUUGGAGGAUCUGGCCAAUUUCAUCAAGGACAAUGGCAGCAACAAGGUUGAUGUUCUAUCUGCUCAAUCCAAGUCUUCCAAGGAUACUGAGGACGACGACACUGUCAUGUCAGAUAUUCCUGAAUCUAUGGCCAGGGCUGCACCAGCUGCAACUGAGAGCGCUUCUGGUGCUGCCGCGGCAGUCAAAGAUGCUAUAAAGGGGGCUGCAGAGGUGGUCGGCACCUUCAUUGAUGACAGUGAUAUCCCUCAGGAUCACCAUGACGAGCUAUAG